GUAGACCAAAAACCCAAUUUCACUAUUCUCACAGUCUACAGAGAGCAACCAAAGAUGUCCGGAUACCCACAACCACCGCCAAACUACGGCUACGGCAGCGCCCCUCCGCCCGGCAAACCCUACGCCGCCUCCCCUCCCUACGGCGCACCUCCUCCUGCCGCCCAACACCAACCCCAACAACACCAGGCCUCCUCCCCGUACGGAGCUCCCUCCGCGCCCUACGCCGCUCCUCCUCACGGAAGCAGCGGCGGAGGCGCCGGAUACGGUGCUCCGUACGCGGCUCCUCCACAACACGGCGGCGGCGGAUACCCGGCCCCGGCCUCGGCUCCGGGCUACGGAAGCCCCUUUGGUGCUCUGGUGCCGUCGUCGUUCCCGCCCGGUACGGACCCGAACGUGGUGGCUUGCUUCCAGAUUGCUGAUCAGGACGGCAGCGGGCUCAUCGACGACAAGGAGUUGCAGAAGGCGCUCUCGUCGUACAAUCAGAGCUUCAGCUUGAGGACUGUUCAUCUUCUCAUGUAUCUCUUCACCCAGACCAACACCAGAAAGAUCGGGCCUAAGGAAUUCACUGCUGUGUUUUACAGUCUUCAGAACUGGAGGGGAAUAUUUGAGAAGUUCGACAGAGACAGGAGUGGGAAAAUUGACUCAAAUGAGUUGAGAGAUGCAUUGGGGAGUCUGGGAUUUUCUGUCUCACCUGCGGUUUUGGAUUUGCUGGUGUCCAAGUUUGAUAAGACUGGAGGCCACAUGAAGGCCAUUGAAUAUGAUAAUUUCAUCGAGUGUUGUCUUACUGUUAAGGGGUUAACUGAGAAGUUUAAGGAGAAGGACAAAGCAUACACUGGUCAUGCAACUUUUAGUUACGAGGACUUCAUGUUGAUUGUUUUGCCUUUCCUCAUCGCAUAGAGAGAGGGUGUGUUAAUGAAGAAAGACUAUUAUGAUUUCUCCGCUAGAGUCUAAUGUAAUAUUUGUGCUGGUUUGCUAGUGAACUUUAGUGGUACAGUUCUAUGUGCUCAACUGCUCUAGUAUAAUAAUGUUCAAGUAUUUGGUUUGACCA